GCAAAAUUCUUCACAUAACCUCACAACCAAGUUUUCUUGCAAGUUCCUCAGCGAGGAUAGUGAAUCAGGAAGAUGGGAAAGCACUUCGGUGAAUUGGCCAAAGUUCGUGGGAUUGUUACCUACAAAUUGUCCCCCUUUGAGCAGAGGGCAUUCGCUGGUGUUAUCUCUCAUGGAAUCCCGAAUACAUUGAGGAGGAUUCGUUCCAGCAUCUUCCGUGUUGUACCCCCAUUCAUCAUUGGCUACAUUGUGUACGAUGCUGUGGAAAGUCGCCAUACCCAGCUGAGCCGUAAGAAUCCAAAGGACUACGAGAAUGAUGUGUAGAGAAUGAAUGAAAAUCAUAAAAAAUAAAUAAAUUAUGUAGAAAAGAUGGCAUUGGAAGCAAAUCGUCUGCUAAACAAUCUUAUCUUGCAAAUGUUUUGCUUUUGAGACUUCUCUUUCUAACCUUUUACAAACAAACUAUAGUUGGCCUUGUCGCGCACUGUCAAAAAGACGAAUUUUCAUUUCAUAAAACGGACAAACGGCAAAGCGUUGAAUUUUCUCUCAUUUUUCUUUUGUGGAAAAUUAAAGCCUCUAGUGCCACAAUGCCACGGACAAAAGUCUCGAAGAAUCCCAAGAGGAAUCGGGAGCAAGCUCAGGAUGAUGCUCUGUUGAAUUAUCUCCGGGAAUAUGAUGAAUACGUUGAAGCGGAAUUUGCGGCUUUGGAGAACAAGCACACGGAGAAUAUUCAGCGGAUUGAGAGGGAGACCCAGGAGAUCCUUUCUCUUAUUUCCGAAGAAAUUCUCAAUAUGAAAAUUGGGGACAUCAAAGCCAUGACUGCUUCAAAUCUUGCAGAAGUCUUCCAACUUCUUCAGGUAAACGUCGCUGAAACAUUGAGUUCAACGCGAGAGGCGAAUUCCGUACGAAAGCGGAAGCAAUCCAAGGAGGAUGAAGGUUACCUUACAGAGGGACGUACUUCCGAGAAUACCACGACUGUGGCUCCAACUUCCGCAAUUCGCGGACCAUUGUCCGCAGCACGUGCCAAGAUGCGACGCAGCAAGUCAACAGGGAUGAUUCCCAGCGUCCCACGUAUGCCACCGAGUCGCCUAAAGCCACCGACGCCACUCAAGGGCCCCCUUGUGCCGCAAACGGAGCACAAAUCAAGAUCAGCCUAUCGGACUCCAUUGACUGCUCCGCAGCGCAUCAAGUCAUCUAGUGCUGAUCGCAUUGAUAAAAUCAUGCCCAAGAUGCCGAUUGAUGAAUCGCUGGCCCUACUGCGCUACCCACGUGUCGGUGAGACGCUCGUCUCAUUGACUGGGAGUCCCGUAGUUGGGUUUUCGGGCAGUAUGGAACCCACGGCGAGUGUGAACAUUCCCACAAAUGACGGAGUAUUGUCCCUCCGUCCCACGGCAUCGUCAAACUUCGAUGCACAGAUGAUCAGUCAAAUUGAUCCGGAAACUUAUCAGAAUCUUCAGCAAUUGCAGAAAAAUCUGGCCAUGAUUGUGGAAAUGGGCAAGAAGAGUAUUGCCGCCAAAAAAUAAUUCAAUCGUUUUGCGCGCGCGAAAACUUCAUCAAUCAUUUGAAAUUUUCAUACUUAUUUUAUUAAUUUUUAUCUGGAUUAAUUCCACUUUUAGCCGGAUUGCUUUUGAGCUCCCAACAUUGCCCUGAAUCUCGGCCUUUAUAAAUUAUUUUUGUUUUGAUUCUCUGAAAUCUUGUUUAGAUCUUGAGAGUAAAUUUUUUUGUAAUGAAUUGGAGUAAAAAAUAAAAACAGAGAUGAAUUGAAAA